UCAGGACCACAAGGCCCCGCUAAACCAGUAUCUGCUGCUAACGCUGCUGCCUCAGCUCAAUCAGGACCAUACGGACCACAAGGACCAGGAGCUGCUGCUAACGCUGCCGCCUCUGCUCAAUCAGGACCAAACGGACCAUAUGGACCAUACGGACCACAAGGACCAUCUGGCCCACAAGGACCAGACGCUUCAGCUAACGCUGCCGCCUCUGCUCAAUCAGGACCAAACGGCCCAUACGGAAGCCCAGUCAUUAUCAUCGAGGAAGUUCCAUCUUCUUCUAGCGCUUCUGCCAACGCUAACGCUGACGCUGUUUCUUACGGACCAGUGGCUCCAUACGGAUCUUCAGCAAACGCUGGUGCCUCUGCCGCUGCUGGAUCAGGUUCCGGACAACCAUGGUUCGGAGGACGCAAGGUCUGCCGUCUCUCACGCAGGCAAUUCGUCGUCAAGAUCGGCACCAGACGUCAACCAUGCCUUACUUGCUAGUUAUUUAAUUUCUUUUUCUAAUUCUUUUUCUGUGGAUACAUCUUUUUUUUCUCUUUUAUUUUAAUAAAUUCUGGCAUCUCA